AUGAGCACCUCGCCUGUUAUUUCUACAAUUAAUACAGCGGGCUUUCCUUCUAGCGAUGGCGUGUUGCCAUCGUCCGAGCAGCAAAAACGUAAUGAAGAAGGCGCAGCCAAUGCUAGUAUAAUUAACGACACCAAGGAUAGUGUGCUCGACGCAUCGGUCAUGGAAACCACAAGUGAAAAGGUGUUUAAAAGUUAUCCGAAUGUGGGGCUUAGUCUACAGAAGGAUCCUUCCUGGAUGCUUGGCGAUGCCGACAACUUUGGAAGCCUGGGGCCAAUACCGUCGAUGAAUACAGUUCUGGAGAAGCGCACGUCAAGCCAGCUCUCCAUUAAUUCACUACUGCCGCCAUGCGUGAGUGUCACAAGUACGACUUUGUCCACCGUAACAACUCCACGCAAGGAAAACAUGACGGCGGAGAGUAACGAGGCGACGACUGAUAAUGAAGGACAAGGUUGUGUCUCGGGCACUGCACUCGUGCUUUCGCAUGCUAAAGGCUCUGGUGGCAAUACAAAAUAUAUUAAUCCAUCUACAGGGGACUACAUGUACCCAGACAACGUUAAGCCUAUGAGUUUUUAUGAUAAGCAGUGCCUCGUACAGAAGAUUACAAUGCUACCCAGUCAGUACCUUCGUGGACUCAUGGAUGUGAUCAGCAAGUACCAGCCUGAUACGGUGCGCCAGAUUGACGACGAUGGCUACGCGUUUGACCUGGGUCAGAUGAAUGAGAAUACGGUGUGGGCCAUCAGCGAUUACGUCAAAGACUCAAUGAUAGAGCUUGAUGGAUACAUUAAAUCACUAAACCAAACCAGUAUUACCAGUAGUCUUGGUGAAGAUGAUGAAGGGCACGAAAGCGCUUUUUUGACUAGUGCGAUGUCCAGCGGUAGUACUGCUCGCAAUCUUAGCAGUAACCUGGCAUUAAAUAAGUCCAAAAUGUCAGCUAUCACUAGCAAUGAGAACCAGAACAAAUUUCUGGAACAGGUAGAAAUGUACUCAAAACCGAAGGUGACAAAGUCGCGCAUCAAACCUAGUAAAAAGCACGAAUGUCCGACGUGCAAUAAACAGUUUCGUGGACGAUCUGAGUUACAAAAUCAUAUUCGGACGCAUACGGGCGAAAAACCACUGAAGUGUUCGUACUCUGGCUGCUCAAAACGGUAUGCUCAUAGCUCGAACCUGCGCGCACAUGAGCGCACCCAUGCAGGCAUCAAGCCGUACGUUUGUCAUUACGACGGCUGCGGCAAAAGUUUCGCGCAUUCAGUAUCGCUGAAAGAGCACAUAUGGAUGCACGCGGGUUUUCAACCGUACGUGUGUCCGUAUGAAGGCUGUCUGAAAAAAUUUACCCAGGUUUCAAAUUUUGCACGACACAAAAAGACACACGAGAAAGAGGAGAACGAGCAGUUGGUUGAUAGCGACAGUUAA